AUGCUGCUCCUCGGGCUCACCGGCUCAAUCGCAACCGGCAAGUCGACCGUGUCGAACCUGCUGCGCAGCGCGCCGUACAACCUGCCCAUCAUCGACGCCGACGUCAUCGCGCGCCAGGUCGUCGAGCCCGGGACGGCGGGCUACAAGGCCAUCGUGGCGCACUUUGGGCCCACGACGCCAGACCUGCUGCUGCCUCCCACCUCGGACAACGACAACGGCGACAACAGCGGCCGCGGCCGCCCGCUCAACCGCCCCGCCCUCGGCCGCAAGGUCUUCGGCUCCAGCGAGCAGACGCAGCGCGACCGCGCCGUGCUAAACGGCAUCGUGCACCCCGCGGUGCGGCGCGCCAUCUACGGCGCCAUCGUGGCCGCGUACCUGCAGGGCCACUGGGCCGUCGUGCUGGACAUCCCGCUGCUGUUCGAGAGCGGGUGGGAGCGGUACUGCGGGAGCAUCAUGGUGGUGGCGGUCUCGGACCCGUCGCAGCAGAUAGCGCGGCUGCGCGCGCGGGACGCGCACCUCAGCGACGAGGACGCCCGCAACCGCGUCCUGAGCCAGGGCGAUGUGCGCGAGAAGGCGGCGCGCGUGUUGCGCCGCGGCGGCGACGCCGGCCUCGUCGUCUGGAAUGAUGGCGAUCGUGAGCUGCUUGAGAUCCGCGUCGCGGAGGCGAUGGCGCGCCUGCGCCGCGCGAGCCCCCGCUGGUGGAGCUGGCUGCUGCUGCUUUGUCCGCCGCUGGCGGGCCUGGUUGCUGCGUGGAGCUUUUGGCGGAUGCGCAGGGUCCAGCUGCUGUGGGAGGCGGAGAAGGCGCGCGAGAAGGCUAGGCUGUGA